CGCAGCGGGGCGAGCAGGCGGGCUGGGCUGGUAGUGCCCGUUACGUGCCAUGCGGUGAUGAAUGCCAGUAUCUUCAUAUUCAACGUGCGACUCUAGGAAGUUUAUGUUAGCAUCCAACCUUCCGUCAGCUUGAGCUUGCGAAGUGUGAAGGAUGCGCUCUGCGUGGACAGAGCCGAACUAUGGUUGCGAGCGGCAUCGCAAUUUACGGGCAGCCAGCACCCAUGCUGACCUCCGCAGAGAAGCAUCGCUCAAGUAACUUUCUCUCACACACUUUCAUCGGAAGCGGAUUUCAGGCGUAUUCCUGCGUGAUCGCGGCUCCAGCUCCGGCGGAUUGAGAGGCGUUGGCCAUGGCAGGUGCGCUUCUGUUCAGCGCGCUUUUCCUGCCGCUUGCGCGGACCGCCGGUCCGGUUUCGGGCUGCCAGGAGGUGCGAUCCGCCUUUCAGCUGCUCCACCCAAGCGGAAAAUGGGCUCCGGAGAGCCCCGUGUCAGGUGCUGAAUUGCAAGUGUGUCACACCAGAGGCCUGACCUGCUGUUCAAGGAAGAUGGAGGAACAAUACCAAGUGGCCGCCCGGCAAAGACUGGAGUCCAGCCUUAGGGCGUCCAGCUCCCAGCUGAAGCUGCUCAUUAUACAGAACGCCGCACUCUUCCAGGAGGCCUUCGAGAUGGUGCUGCGCCACGCCCGCAAUGCCACCCUGAGGAUGCUGGGGGAGGAGUUUCCGGGACUGAGGGGCGGGGCCAAUGCUGCGGUGGGCCGGCUCUUCCUGGAGGCCUCCUUCUACAUCCUGGGCUCCGACGUCCGCGUGGAUGACUUGGUGGCUUCCUUCUUUGACCGGCUCUUCCCCGUGGUCUAUCGGCGCUUGCUGGGUGGAGUGGGUGGCGCCGCCCUGGAGGACUGUCUGCGCGGGGCCUGGAGGGACAUGGGGGCUUUUGGGCUGCAGCCCAAGCUGCUGGCGGCGCGGCUCUCCAGCUCGCUGCUGGCGACGCGCGUCUUCCUGCAGGCACUCAACCUGGGCAUCGAGGUGGUGAACACCACUGCCCACCUGCGGCCCAGCCGCGACUGCGGCCGCUCCCUGGCACGCCUCUGGCACUGCCCGCGCUGCCAGGGCCUGCCUGCUGCCCCGCCCUGCCCCACCUCCUGUCUAGUGGCUGUGCAAGACUGCCUGGGGGGGGUGGCCUACGUGCAGCCCCACUGGCAGAGGUACGUGGAGAGCCUGAGCUCGCUGGAGACGGCCAUGCGUGGGGAGAAGGAUCUGGAGGCUGUGGUGAUGCGGCUGGAUGCCAUGCUGCGCCUCGCGCUCCGCCACGCCAUUGCCAGCAGGGGGCGCCUCUCUGCUGCGGUGGCUAGGGCCUGCUCUCACCCCCCCCAGCGUGUCUCUCGUUCUGCUGCAGCCUCGCUCGGUAACGCCCCCUCUGACUCGGUGCCUCACGGCCCCCAGAUGCUGCCCUUUGACCCAGAAGAGACUCUGGCUGGUAGACGCAG